AGAGGUUAGGUUUGAUUCGAAGAAGCAGACGACGAAUUGAUCACGUAAUACAUGUACAUAAAACACGUGUUUUCUCGCCGGCUUACAUCAUUCAUUGUGCCAUCAUGAACGGUAUAGAUUUCGAAGGCCACGUACGAUCCAAAAUAUUCAAUAUUUUAUAAUAAAUGUAUCGAUCGUCAUGAUUGUGUGGGAAGUUUUGUAGGCCGAAAGAUUUUGACGCGGAAAGUAGUCUUUUUGAUUAGAGGCCACUUUUCUCCUUAUCAGCUCGAUGACGCUUCUUGAAAUCCGUCUGAUCGGAUCGGACGCCGAAAUAGAGUAUUACGUGGAGCAGAUAUGUUUCACGAGCAAGAGAGUUCUGCUGAAAAUUUCUCCAGUAAGGGAGAUACCUUACUUACAUCGUUUAUCUCAGGUGCUCUUGCAGGAAUUGUUUGUGACGUGACGCUUUUUCCAUUGGACACCCUUAAAACACGAUUACAAAGUCAGCAUGGAUUUUUCCAAUCUGGUGGUUUUAAGCAUCUAUACAAAGGUGUAGGACCUGUGAUAUUAGGUUCUGCUCCCUCAGCUGCUAUCUUUUUUAUCACUUAUGAUGGAAUAAAACAGUCUACACAACCAUAUAUACCAAAUCAGUAUCACUCUUUUAUACACAUGGCUGCAGCAUCAUCUUCUGAAGUAACUGCCUGCUUGGUCCGGGUACCAGUGGAGGUAAUUAAACAAAGAAAACAAGCGCUCCUGGCCGACUCGCAUCGAUUAGGAUUAAGAACAUUGUAUCGUGGUUAUGGAAGUACCGUUCUCCGGGAUUUGCCAUUUGGUGUGAUUCAAAUGCCAUUGUGGGAAUAUUUUAAACUUUGGUGGACCCAACAAAUACAUCGAGAUUGCACACCCCUGGAGGGUGCCACAUGUGGUGCUGCGUCAGUUGCUAUAUCAGCUGCUAUAACGACGCCGUUAGAUGUCGCAAAGACUAGAAUUAUGUUGUCCAGUACUUCGGCAGAAAAAGAAGAAGUUAAAAUAUCUACAAUGUUAAAAGAUGUUUACAGAGAUCAUGGUAUUAAAGGGCUGUUUGCUGGUUUUCUUCCGAGAGUAACUGGUUUUACUAUUGGUGGUUUUAUAUUCUUUGGCGUUUAUGAGCAAGCUAGAGAAUUUUGUUUAUCUCACUUUUCAAAGUAGUCACUGAUAGAUUAACAAAUUUUAAAAAGUAAUAUAUUGAAGCUCUAAUAAAUUUUGUGAAUACAUUCUAGCAAUUGAGCUUAUUUUCUUACUCAACAACAUUUGCUGGAAUCAAUUUUAAAAGAUUAAUUACAAAUUAAUAAAAUUGAUCAAAAUAAAAAAAAAUAUUUUUUAAUUUAAUUAUUAUUCUAAUACUGUCUAGCAAAAUUAAAGUUUAAAUCUUUUAAUUAUAAGAGAUAAUAGAAAUAUGAUUAUGAGCAAUCA